ACAACCACGCCAACAUCCACACCAACAACCACACCAACAACAACACCUACAACUACAGCAACAACUUCAACAACAACCACAUCAACAACCACACCAACAACAACACCAACAGCAACACCUACAACCACACUUACAACCCCACCAACAACCAAUAUUCCAAGCACACCAACAACAACACCUGCAACCACACCAAGAACAACAUCUACAACAACACCAACAGCAACACCUACAACCACACCUGCAACCACACCAACAACCACACCAACAACAACGCCAACAACUACACCAACAACAACACCAACUAUCACACCUACAUCCACACCUACAAUCACACCAACAACGACACCUACAACCACACCAACAACAACACCAAAAACAACACCGACAACUACACCAACAACAACACCUACAACCACACCAACAACCACAUCAACAACAAUACCAACAACCACACCAACAACAACA